GUUAGUUGGCCAAAGCCAACGGCUAUGUUAAGUGGCCUCCAUACACACAGAUACGCACGCAUACAGGCGCACGGAGAACAGGGUUGCCUGCGCGCCUGCAGAUAUGCAAAUGGGUAUAGAAAUUUAAUUACUUGCUGACAUGUUUGGUGCCUUUAAAUUGGCAACUUGUUGGGUAAAUUAUGCUCGCAUUAUUUUAUUCUCACCUAUGUAUAUGCUGGCUUUUCAAAAACUGACAAUAUGUAGGAGAAAAUUCAAGUCUAUAAUAGCUGUUUCCAACAUGGCUUUGCUAAACAAAUUCUUUUGUUGCUACUCGAUCAGCACUGGUGUAGUUGUGAUAGCAAGUUCCUAUGUAAUACUCGAUUUACUUCGCCUGUUCUAUCACCUGACUAUCUUCUAUUUCCCAGGGCCUGUUUUUCGACAGUGGUAUUUCGAAAAACACAGUGGCGACGAUGUCCAUGAUCUAGUCACUGUCACAAUGAUGAAGAAUCGUAUUCAGGUUAUCCUAGUCCUGCUGGUCGACCUUUUGACGGAUAUUGGACUGCUUUUGAGCGUGAAUUCUGGUCGAAUACCCAUAUUGAUUUGGAUAUUAAAAACGAUCUUUUUGGCCCUCGUCUACUUGAUCGUUAUCCUGUCCCUUUCAUUUGCCUAUAGCCACCUUUUAUUGGCCUUGAUUUUCAUUCCCAUAUUGGCAAUGGAAAUAUAUUUCCUGUUGAUUGUGGCCCUGCAUUUUGUGGAACUAGGUCUAUCGAGUGACGUGAACGACGAGAGUCCCGAUGAAACAGCCGUCUAAGUUCUGGAUGGUUUUAUGUGCUAUUAAAGAGAUCCUCAAAAAAAAUAAACACAAUCGUUAAAUUAACGAUUUGCCAUGCGAACAACUCGUUUAAACUGCAAAGGAGUGCUGGCCAAAGUGCGAGGGAAUCGAGAUGGUGGAUAAUCCAGCUGGGAAUGCCCUUAGCCUAUCAAUGUUUCCCUUUUUGCAAUUAACAUUUGUGGAACACACGUAAUUACAAGAUUACGAUAAGUGAUAAGCGACGGCAACGGCAAGAAGGAUCCAGAAGUUGGCCAAAAGCAGUUGGACGGGUUCGCGAUGCGUUUUGUUGUUGCUCUUGUGGCAGUUGCAUACACAUAUAUUUGCAUAUGCCAACCGCGCUGCAUAUGGUAGCCAAUUUGCUGGCAAUACCAAAACCAAUUACGCAAAUGCACUGGGAAAUAGAAUUUAUAGAAAAUUCUUUACAAAUAUUCGAAGCAUUUUUGGUUAAGUAAGAAGCUGUUUCUACAGUCAGCCAGUUUGAAACUACACAGCAUUUUAUUUUCUUCUACAAUCCUAGUUUUAAAACUAAUAAAUCGGGUUAUUUUUCUCUGUGUAAAAUAUACGCACAACCCUAUCAGCCAACACACAGAGGUCAGUGCCAGGCCAACCCGCCCACACACAAAUCUGUGGUCAGAGGAGGGCGUUCGUCGCGUUGAUGAGCAGGAUGAUGCCAUGAUGCCAUGAUGCGACGAUGAUGAUGUGGAUGCAACCGAACUGCCGGGCGGCAGGCAGGCACAGAUGCAUUACACAAACGCCGGGCUGACCACACCACAACAUUAUUGUUUAAAUUGCAAAGUGAUACAUUUGUGCCGGCGGACCGAGAGUUUGCCUUUGGUUUUAGCAGUUUGCAUACGGAAUGCAGAUGGCUCCCAGGAUGAUUGGGUUAGUUAAAGCCCAAUUGUGUUUGCCGUUCGUUCGGGCGUUUCAUUGGGCUUAAGUUUAAGCAGAUAUUUGUAUGCAAUUCCUGGCAGGAAGCUGUUUAACAGCUAUGCAUUUCGAUAGCAAACUAAAUCAACAGCUUGCUACUUGUGGAAAGUUUAAGCGAGCUUUGAAUAGUAUGAUUAAAGGUUAAGUUGAUUAAUUGCAAUUCAAGAGCUCAUUUGGUGUCAUUCCUUGCGGGCAGUAUGUUUAUAAUUAUGCAAAAUUAGGUAACAUUUUAGGGAAUUAUUACUAUAUUACAUUGACAUAAUUGUACCAUUG